AGAAAGUUUGUCUUCAAGCCGCCCAUAAGAACUGGGCUUCUAGGUUGUUGUGAGAGAAGAUGUGUUCGGUGUGUUUGCUUAAGCUUUUUCAAAUUUGAACAGUAAAAUCAAUCAACUGUCAGCUAGUCGAAAUAUGAGAGUACGCUGCACCGUCUAAUUUUUUAUUUACGGCAAAAACACGCGCAUUUUGUAUUAAAGUGAUAAAAAAAACCCGAACGAUUCAGUGCGAAGGAGAAAAAAAUGGAAUUUGACGAGGCGACACAAAAACUUCGAAGAAUAUCCUCGAAAACUGGAACAGAUCUAGCCAACGUAACAAUACUGGGUACACCACGACCUCAAGCAACGUCGACUGUGGAGAGGCGAACGUACGGAUCUCGAGAUCUUGUGCAUAAUCUUACCAGUGAAAAAUACAGACGUUUAUACGAUUCUCCGCCCAAUAGUUUCAGUACAUCCAACAAUUCUACAGACGAGUCAUUAGGCAUUUUGGAGAAUCUGCCGUCAUUUUUUAGCAAUGAAAGCGGCACGGACAAAAAUCAGUCAAAUUUAUGCGGCCCCUCAGACGAAAGGGAGCUAGCAAGGAAAUUACUGCAAAGAUGCAGUGAAUUCCAUUUAUCAAACCCCAUAUCAGAUGGAAAUAAAGAAAACAAUGCCAAUUCUCCCAAUCUGUCAGAAGAUCGAACUCCCUCGACCCUUUUGGAUUCAGGACAGUCCUUUAAUCUCACAACUGCUGUACAAAAAGACCAAAAUACUCUUAGAACUUCUGGAGAUAAAAUCAGUACUUCAAGUAUGCAAUUCGAGCCGAGUGAAAUAACUGCACGUUCAUCAGCAAUGAGUAAAAGUAUGGAAAACAAAGAUGCCCAAUCGUCAAUAGAAAGUAGCAGCGGAAUAAGCUUUGGUUCUGCAGCUGCUCAGUUAAUGGCACAAUUCGAAAAUGAAGAUUUUCAAUCGGGUUCAUUAAUGUCGAACCAAUUUCUUGCUGAUGAACUAUCCUUUCAGCAAAAUGCAUUAUAUGCUCUUCCAGUGGCGACCAGCACCGAAAAAGAACAUCUUUCGUUAUCUUGUUUUUCCGGAAUAAUCGGAGAUAUGGAUUUGACAAUUGACAGCUCGUGCGCUGGACGUAAAGUAUCAGUGGGUGAAUUUUUCAAAAGAAAAUGUGGCAACAUUGGUCAUUUGACCGAUGUUGAAGACGCUUGCCAAAGACCAAGUUUUGGUAUGAAUAUCCGAAGCCCCACAAGAAUUGGACAGAAUAUACCUUUAGUGGAUCUUACGACAAUGACCGAAGAUUCAACCAGUGAUGAGAAGAGCGAAAAAAUGGUGAGAAGCUUCACUGACAAUACGAGGGAACAUACGAUCAUGAGUCUGAGUACAAUAGCUCAAGCUCUGAAAGACAUCGAUAGUGGAACACCUCGACGUUUAGUUGAUCAACUUCUGAUGGCAAAAAAACAGAAGAAGAAGUCUGAAGCCGUUCAUGCUCAUAAUCUUACAAGUGACACGUAUACACUGCCGCUGCCUAAUUCCCGAAAUUCAUUGCCAGUUUGUCCAUCGGGAGAGAGUACAAAGAUCGAUAAAGAAGACAUUUUUCAUGGUCGCAGUGCAAAGUUUUCACUGGACAGUAAAAGUAUUACGCAGCAGUCUUUUGCGUUGAAAUGCCAUGAGACUACUCGAAAUUCCAUUACAAAUGAAGGGUUCGGAGAUACCCUGAAUUACAAUGCUGAAAACACCAUGGCCGAAAUGCUUGGUGAAAAGUUAGCGAUAAAAGAUCUUUCCGAUUCCAAAAUAUCGAGCCCACGUUUGGAAAAACCUGAUGUAAGGAGUUUCCCAGCAAUAAAGAAAGAGCAAUCUCAGACUAAUGUGAAGAUCGACGCGUCUUCGAAAUCUAGAGAAUUUCAAGCAGACCUUACGAAACGCAGAAUGACUGAUUUACCUCAUACCAUUACCCAAUCAAUGAUAAAAAAAGAAGAUACUUCUGCUCAGCGAUCCGCAUUGGAAGCAAGUAUAGCGACCAACCAUUCGAACGAACACGUUUCAAUAAACGAAAACGUCGAAAUCGGAAAAAACACCGAAGAGCUGCAUCACUGUAUCGUCGGUGUACGAAGGGAAGUGGAUAUUGAAUUGGUGAACAAAAGUCAUCGUUGGAUAAUAUGUUCGUUGAGUUUAUCUCAAAUUCAAGGUGAUAGAAACGACGUUGAAUUUGAAGUGACCCCAAAGUCGAUGCUCAUACCUGAUUCACACAAAGUAAUCAAGAUUGGUGUUAAAGUUCUGAAACAAAGUAGGCCAAUCCGAGCAACGAUAAAUGCUGAAAUGUCCGAAAUGCCAACGCGUUCUUCGUGGCACAUGCAGCACACGAUGUGGUUCGUUCCGGAAGAACCAAAAAUUGUUGUGACUGCGCAGACGGAGAAGGAUGAAUUGGAAUUUGAAACAACAGUCGAUCGUCCAAGUAAAACGCAAUCAAUUAUAGUGGAGAAUAAAAAUAACAUCGAUGUUCCACUUGAACUGUUCAUCACAAAUAAUGAUGAACGUAAAUUCCAAUUGGAGUUUCCUGACGAUCACACGGGCAGUAAGGAACAUCAUAAUAAUGAUUUCAUCCGUCUGGUACUUGGAACCUCAAAACAGUUCAAAGUUAUUGUUCGAUACAACAGCAUGAAUAACAGUGAUCGGAAAAGGAAUGAGGCUUGCACGUCAAAAUUAUUACUGAGAAUACACGACAAGGAGCAAAAUCUUCUAAUCAAAGAAAUCUCUCUUGUUGGUUUUUCAACUGCAACGAAAACGACAUCUCAUCCAACGGACAGAUUAUCCGAAAAUUUUCGUUGCGACACACCUCAACAGCGAGCAACUUUGAGCUCACCGACGUCUCCUCACAGCUCUGCCUCAAAUAGAUCUGGAAUAUCGGGAAGGAAUUCUCCGCUGAGUUCAGCCUCCGGCGGAACUGUAGCUGGUGACGUUGUUUCGAUACGCGCCACACAUGCUGCUCUGGUGUGGAACAGCAUCAAAGUUGGGAAAACCGAUUUAAAAGAAUUUACAAUACGAAAUACGAGCAACAACAAAAUCAAACUUCAAGCUACGAUCGUUGACAAUGACAAGAGUUUCAAGUUUUUACGGGAGAGACAACAUCAUGUACCGAAUAUUGUGUUGAGUCUGCAGCGCAUGGAAAGUAGAACAUUCACCGUUGUAUUUAACCCCAACAAUUCGGGCCCAACCGCAGGAAGAAUAGUUUUCAAACAUUACGAACCUCAGAGACAAGAGGGCAAAGAGUCGAGGCCUUCAAAAGUCAUAUUUUUGUACGGUUACGGCGGUGUUGGGAAAGUUGAAAUAACUGAAGCCUUUAAAGAUACUGGAGGUAAAUUAUGGUUGUCUCUGGGAAGUCUUAAUGCAGGAGGAACAUUGGAUGCAAAAAUAAAGCUCCAGAACACCGGAGAUUUGAGUUCUUAUGCGAAAAUAAAAUUGACUCCAAAAGCGGUUUAUCCCGCUAUGGUGUCGAGCUGGCAUGUCGAACCUACGGAAUUAUUACUUGGACCGCAAGAAGUUCGCUGGGUCACACUGGAAUUCCGUCCAAGAAAGGAAGAUCUUGCUUUAUUAAGGCGAGCCAACGUAUCUCACGUUGGAACUUUAACCAUAACUCACGGUGAUGAACCUACGAGGCUGAGAAUUCGCCGAUUGUACAAAAAAUUGAGCCAAAAUGGUCAAAUGAGCGGAAAAGAAAAUGAGGCGUUCCGAAACGUCGUUUAUCCGAUUUGUAAAGUUUUUCCUGGCGAAACUCCUAUAAAUAAUUUGAGUAUUAUACGUGAUUCUGUGGAAAAUCUCGGCGAUUUGUGCCGCGGUGUACUUCAGCAAGAAGUCAUGUUAACCAUGGAAGUCAAUGCUGAAGAAACCAUGUCUAUAUUGCACGAUAAUGCCGAUGAUACUCAGACAUUCUAUUCCCUCUGCAGCGACACUAGUCUCGUUUUUCCAGCUACCGACGAGAGUUUCAUGCCAUCUGAAACGCUGAUGGAAUGUACAGUAGAUCAGCGAAUAUACGAGGACGAUUUCAGCGUGAGUCCUUCGACGGUUACAUUAAAACCGCCAACAGUGAAUGAAGCUACGAUAAUGAUAAUGAGCUCGUCGAAUGUCGCUCAACCUUUCGAUACUGUAAUCUCGCAUAGUGAAUUUCUUAAUGUUCUACCAGCUGAGGGUAUGAUACCAACGAGAAGAGGUUUUCCUAUUCGUAUCCAAUGUAAAAAAACGAUUUCACACAGUAUCAAUGCUGUACUACAAGUGUACACGGAAAACGAAAAACGCGAUGUUCAUAUCAGAGUUGUAAUCUGAUCUCUUUCAAAGCGAAAGCGAGAUGUGCCUUCUCCGCAGAAGAUUAUAUUUCUUCGAUAACCGUACCAACAAAUUACUCAAUUUUUCUGUCAAUAAUAUCGGUUUUGGAUCUAGUUAGAUAUAAUUUUGUACUUUACCUUGCAACGGAAACAGUGAUAAUAUUUAAAGAAUUCCUCCAGUGUGAAGAAAACGUCCCGCAACCAAUUUGAAAUAUUUUUUACUAUUUUCUACCGAGAUAUGUAAAAAAGAAAUAGAAAAUACGUAUUUGCCCGAGGGACUUGACGUUAUAUAAAAAUUACCCCUAGUGGAACUUCAGAUUAUUUUCUAUGUUUUUUAAUAAGAUUCUUCAGCUUGUGAAGAUUUGUAUUUUUUUCCAUUAAUUUUGUAUAAAGGAAUGUUUUGAGCACAACGAAAAAUAAUGUACGUUUUUUUUACAAACAAUGGAAAUAUAAUAAAUUCAAAAUCAAAA